AUGGUUAAUGCAAGCUCGUGGCGUACGCGUGUAGAUGGCCCUAUGGUCGAUAUAUAGCAGUCCGUCCCUCAAGCUCGAGGGAUCAUUGUCUUUUCAUCCACAGAUCUAUUCUACAAAAACUACCUUGAUCACUCCCCUUGCAUUCUCCCACCAGUCCUUUUCGAAUCGCAUCACCAUGAAGACUUUCGCUGUUCUAGGAGCCGCUGCUCUUUGCCUCGUCCCUUCCGUCACUGCUGAGAGUAGUUCUUCGUCUGCCCCGAAGCCCUCGGGCACCUCUACUCCUUCCUGCUUGCCUCGUGCCUCCAUGACUGGCGGGCCUUCGCUUAGUGCUUCGCUUAGUGCUUCGCUUAGUGCUUCACUUAGUGCUUCGUCUAGUCUUCCUCUCUGCAGCGAGACACCUUCGAGCUCGGCCAAAGGUGGCCCAACUCCUCCGGCCAAAGGAUCCGAGCGUAUCCAUGCCCGUCAGAUUAAGCCGGUUGAUGUCUAAAUGAAGUGAAGGAUAAGGAUGGAUGGUUGUUGGUUAGACUGCUGGAUCGGUAAAUAGUGUGCUGGUCCAUGCUAUGUUAUGUUUCUUUGAUAGAUCCUGUUGUUUUAAUGGACAAUACUUUUUGAAUACCAAAGAAAAUCAAGCAUCGAAUUCCCAG